CAAGGCGCCUGUCAGCAGAGUCGCAGGGGUUUCUUGAUGUUUACAUCUGCUCUGGAAAGAUUUCAGAAGGUAUGGAAGUCCUACAGACACCGCUUCGUGCCUUGGGUUGUGUUUAACUUGUCUAAAAAUGAGAAAACUCUGCGCCAGGUGACGGAGCGCGCCAAAGACCAGCUGGUCCCGGAUGAACACGUCUCCCGGAGCCUCCUGAAGCUUUUCAGAGCCCUCCACAGGAACAGGGCUCAUCAGGGGGAGCUCAGGGAAGCUCAUGUGAACCCAGUGCCAACGUUUCUGGGUAAAGAGGAGCAGGAUGGUGGACGUGAUCUUAUUUUCCAGUCUCUGGGAUUCUGUAUCGACCGGAAGCCCAGCUCUUUACCAUCAGCUGGAACUGGAGUGUUCGUCACCAGGGGCUGUGUUCCCAGAGGAGCCACAGUCGCCAUGUAUCCUGGCACCAUUUAUCAGCCCUACGAGCCCAUUCUCCUUCAGUCAAUCUGCAACCCCUUUGUAUUCCGCUGCAUCGAUGGCGUCCUGGUUGAUGGAAAUGACAAAGGCAUCUCCAAAAUGGUGUUCAGGUCUUGCAGCGGCAGGGACAGAAUAGGUCCCUUUGUGACAAGUGACACCACUUGGCUGACGGACACUCCACGAAACCCUCUGGCCGUGGGUCAGUAUGUGAACAACUGCACCGAYGACAGGCCUGCUAAUGUCUGCUACCAGGAGUUUGACAUCCCUGACAGCUUUCCCAUCGAGCUCCGCCAGUUUCUACCAAAUGUCAACUACAGCCAGGAAACCAAGAGACCCCUGCGCUGCGUGGUCCUGGUUUCCCUCAGAGAAGUCCGAGCAGGAGAGGAACUCUUCUCCAACUACUACACCAUUGUGCACUAAACUGUUUGUAUUCUUUACAAAAAUAAAAAAAGAUAAAAAACAGAAAAAAAAA